CUGCCCUCUCUGUACACCACGUCGUCAUUGACCGCCCUGACACGAUGGCGGUGAGGUUGUCACUGGUCUAUCUUCUGUUGCUGCUCCUGCUGCUCUAUCUGUUCUUGCCGGCGCUUCUCUUGCUCUUUCUCGAGAGACUGACCCUCGAUCACCUCCACGUACGGCAGCGCGGCGCCCUUGGCCUCGUCGAGAGCCACCCAGCCACUCACGGGCGGCAGAGGGUUCCCCGUCUUCGCCACGUACACGCCAUACCCGUCAGGCCCAUCCAUCCACCACUGACCGUCGCCCUUGUUCCUGCCAACCAACACACACAGCACGCAAACACCGACACAUGACAGCCAAGCAGACAGACAGGUGUCCAUCCCCUUGAUGUGUCUGACUGACCAGUAGACAUAGGAGCCGUUGUCGAUGUGCUGAAACCAGAGAUAGUCCGGGUCAGUGAGUCGGCUCCAGGUCCGCUCGGUCUCCCACUUGUUGGCCUCGCACACACUGCGGAAGCCGUCGGGGAUGCAGUGGGCCAUGGCCUUGUAAUACCCGUUCACCGCCGCCACGCCCGCUCUCCUCACCUUCAGUGCAAGGUUCCGAGGCGCCAUGAUAGAUGGGCACGUGGAAGGGCUGUAGUCGGCAAAUGCGAUGGCUGAGA